AGUGCUUUGAUUUGUAAUAACUGGUAUCUUCGUGACCCAGUUGAGCCGAGAAGUGCGCAAGUCUGGCAAUUACUUCCUGUUAUUGGUACAGAGCGAGAUGUCUGCAACUUUGAAGCCUUACUUGAAUGCCAUCAAGCACACUCUUACAGCAGCCAUAUGUGUCCAGAAUUUCAACUCACAAGUUGUUGAACGUCACAACAAACCAGAAGUAGAAGUCAAAUCAAGUAAAGAACUUCUUCUAACACCAGUUGUGAUUAGUAGAAAUGAAAAAGAAAAAGUAUUGAUAGAGGGCUCUGUAAAUUCUUUAAGAAUAAGUAUAGGUAUCAAACAGGCUGAUGAUAUAGAAAAAAUCUUAUGUCACAAAUUCACCAGAUUUAUGAUGCAAAGAGCCGAAAAUUUUGUUAUUCUUAGGAGAAAACCUGUAGAGGGGUAUGAUAUUAGUUUUCUUGUAACGAAUGUACAUACAGAAGAAAUGUUUAAACAUAAACUUGUAGACUUUAUAAUUCAUUUUAUGGAAGAAAUAGACAAGGAAAUAAGUGAAAUGAAGAUAGCCCUUAAUUCUAGAGCUAGAUUAAGUGCUGAGGAGUUCCUUAAACGAUUCUGAUGCAGUCUUAUUUUAUAAAUGAUAGAAAAUGGUGCAGCAAAUACAUUUUAAACCAUUCCUUAAUGGAUACUUGUUCAGAAGAAAGAUUAAAGCAUGUCGCCUAGAUGUAUAUUCUGUGAUAGCUUAUAAGGAAAUUGUAAAACACAGAAAUUUCAUUGUUAAGCAUGUAAAUUGGGUUUACAAAUAUUAGGAUAGACAAAUUUUGAUCCAGUUUGAAUUCAAUAGGUUCAUGAAUACAAUCAGACUUUUUUUAGAUGAUUGUCGGGUAUUUCUGGUGUGCAUCUUCAUUUAAUUUGUAAAGUCAUAUGUUUUUUAUAUUCUAAUGCAAUUUUUUUUAUUUCAAUGGUGAAUUACUAUUUCUGAAGAAAAAAAUGCAAAUUUGUGGUUUACAAUUAAUAAAUUUGCAUUUUGCAGUCAUACAUGAUUUAAACUAUAAAACAUCAAAGAUUGUAAGCGGUUGGAAAUACCAGUACAAUAUACAUUUAUAUGAUUUGGGAUAGAUCUUUUUUACUGGGAAGACUUUGCUGCGGUUCUUUAAGUAGAUAUUUUUGGUAACAAAAAAAAGAGAGGGAUUCUAAUUUAAAGCAUUACUGUUUACUUUAUGACUAAUUAUUAUUCAACCUAUAUUUGCAAGAUUUGUUGAUAAAUUUUCAGUAUUGCACCUUAAUUUUGAAACUUAUCAUAACUGUGAUAUUAUUGUAAAACAUGAAGAUACUAUUUUUACACUGCCUUGUAAGCACAACCACAUGACUACACAAAAUCACUUCAGAUUGUUGAAAAUAUUGCAAUACUUGUUUAAGAAGUAUUUUUUAUGUAUUCUAUAUGUGAAAUAUAAAUUAAAGAAAAAGAAACAGUUUCAGUUCUCACUUCCUAAAUUUUUGCAUGAUUUAAAAGGAAAAUCUGGAAAGGGGACUUGGAAUCUUAUAAAACAAUAUUUUGCAUUUAUUUUCAUAGCUUUUUAAAUUGUGUAUGUUAAUAGAAGAUUUCUUAUUUUAAAAGCUACUGUCAUUGUUUAUUAAGGCAGUUUUUGAGGGAAAAUAGCCUGUAGAAUUAUAAUUAGGGAGGGAAAGGGGCUUUGUAAGUUGAAAACAUAAUCAACUGAUAAAUUUUUAGGGAACAUCUUUAAUCUGUCUCAGUAUUAUUUUGUAUAUAUUUUUUUUUAUAUCUGUGGACAAAAUGUGUGACAGACAGAACUUGAGGAAAGUGACUAGUAAGAAGUGUGUUUGCCAAAACCAGGUGCUACAGUUUAACACUCCCAACUUUUUGUUUUAUUAUUUCCCCUUCAAAAUAGUAUUGACAUAUUUGAUAAUGAUGUUCAUUAAUGCUUCUUCUUAUCUACUUAAGUUUCCCUUAUAUACCAAUAUGUAUAAGUUUUGGUAAAUAAAGGACACAUUUAAUAUGAUUAAUAGAUUAGUCUUCAUGUUCUAGGGAAAUUUCAAAUAUAAAAUACUAUCAUGAAUAUCAAAGCUGUGUAAUUUUAUAAAAGAAAGCUAUAAACAUGUAAUCAUUUUGUACAUAUAUUUAUACUUAUAAAUGGUAUAUUAUAAAUCAUAUGCCUAGCAAUAAAUAAAAUCUAUAAAAAGUU